CCUAUCCCUCUCGCUCACACUCUCCUGAAACGACUUCGACCAGCAAGAACAAUGGUUUUAGUUAAUCUUCACACCGAUGGUCAACCAAUUAUCAUCAACAGACGCAUGUUGACCUGGUACUUGCUACGCAUGAGAGAUCAAACAAGAAACCGACAAUCUCAACCGGUUCAAGAUCUGAAUCUCCUUGGUUUACCUUUACCGGGUAUUAAUGGACUGGGUCAAGAGAAUGGCUUGCAGAACCACGAGCAGCAAAGAGAAGAAUGGGUGAUUUCAGUGAAAGGCAAGAUGGAGCAAGCACUUCGAGACGGUUCCACAACUAGUUGGGACAAACUCUGUAUUUAUAGAGUUCCACUUCACCUGCAAGAAAACGACAAGAAGUCCUACUUCCCUCAAACCGUCUCGCUAGGUCCGUACCAUCAUGGCAACAAACAUCUUCUGCCCAUGGAGUUUCACAAGUGGCGUGCAGUCAACAUGAUCAUGUCACGCACCGGGCAAGGCAUUGAAAUAUAUAUUGAUGCCAUGAAAGAGCUUGAGGAGAGGGCUCGUGCUUGCUACCAAGGGCCUAUUGCUUUAAGCGUUAAUGAGUUCACAGAAAUGCUUGUUCUUGAUGGCUGUUUUGUCCUAGAGCUCUUCAGGGGAACUGUGGAAGGAUUCCAGCCAAUCGGAUAUGCACGCAACGAUCCUGUUUUCGCCAUGCGGGGAUUGAUGCAUUCAAUUCAACGUGACAUGGUAAUGCUGGAAAAUCAACUACCUCUCUUCGUCCUAGACCGGUUAUUAGAGCUACAGCUUGGUACACUGAACCAAACCGGUUUAGUGGCACAAGUAGCCGUUAAGUUCUUUGAUCCACUAAUGCCAACAGGAGAGGCCUCUACCAGAUUGAACCCGUCAAAACUCAAGCCCUGGCUGGAAAGAUCCUUGAACUCACUUGGCGACAAUGGUGACUUGCACUGUCUAGAUGUUUUCCGUCGAAGCCUCCUCAAGUUUAGUUAUACACCGAAUCCGAGGUCUGAGGAGGAUCCGCUCCCAUUGAACCUGGUGGACAAGCGACAACAACAACUCGUACAUUGCGUGACGGAACUAAGAGAAGCUGGUGUUAAAUUCAAGACAAGGAAAACCGACAGGUUUUGGGAUAUCCGGUUCGAACACGGUUGUCUAGAGAUACCCAAACUACUAAUCCAUGACGGUACCAAAUCCCUCUUUUCGAAUCUUAUAGCUUUCGAACAGUGCCAUAUUGACUCGACCAAGGACAUAACAUCAUACAUAAUUUUCAUGGAUAAUCUAAUAAAUUCUUCUGAAGAUGUUAGCUACUUGCACUACUGUGGUAUCAUUGAACAUUGGCUAGGGAGUGAUGCUGAAGUUGCGGAUUUGUUCAACAGGCUAUGUCAGGAAGUGUUUUUCGAUCCCAAAGAUAGUUAUUUAUCUAAACUGUCUGAUGAGGUUAACUAUUACUAUAGCCGUAGGUGGAAUGCUUUGAAGGCUACUUUAAAACACAGGUACUUCAAUAACCCUUGGGCAUAUUUCUCAUUUUUCGCUGCAGUGAUCCUGCUAGUGCUCACAUUAGUCCAGAGCUUUUAUGCUGUUUAUGCUUAUUAUAAGCCACCUUCUUGACAUUCAU